AUGACUGCCCACAAUAAAAGACCUAAGACCGUUUUAGAUUUUUUUACCAAGAAAGAACCUCAACAACAAUUUAAAAAACAAAAAACUAAUUUGUCAAAUUCGUAUAAAAAAGAAAAUCAUUCAGUCUUAUCUGAUCCAAAUGGAAAGGAAAACCUUAGCAUACCUCAUAAUUCUUCAAUAACAAAUCCCACCAUUGUCACCAGUAAUGAAUCAUUAAUUCCUUCCGAUAAACAAGCAUUAUUAAAAUUAGAAAUAGAUACCAUCGACCCCUCUUGGUUCAAAAUAUUACGAAAAGAAUUUAUCAAGCCAUACUUUUUAAGUUUGAAAACUUUCCUAAAUAACGAAAUAAACGUAAAACAUAAAAAGGUGUUUCCACCGGAGCAAGAUAUUUAUUCAUGGACUAGGUUAACCAAGUUUGAAGAUGUAAAAGUAGUCAUAAUAGGUCAAGAUCCCUACCAUAAUUUUAAUCAAGCACACGGUUUAGCUUUUAGUGUUCGCCAUCCAACCCCAGCACCACCAAGUCUAAUAAAUAUUUACAAAGAAAUACAGAAAUAUAAUUAUCCUGAUUUCAAAAUAGACAAUUCAAAUGGCGACUUAACUAAUUGGAGUAAACAAGGUGUCUUAUUGUUAAAUACUUGUUUAACUGUUGAAGCACAUAAAGCGUUUUCGCAUGCUAAAAAAGGUUGGGAGAUUUUUACCAGCAAAGUUAUUGAGCUUUUAAUACUUGAUAGAUUAGAAAAUAAGAAGCCUUUGUGUUUGAUACUAUGGGGAAAUAAUGCCAAAAAGGUGAUUUCUAAAGAUUUAGCAAAAAAAAUUGAAAAUAAAAAAAAUAUUUUGGUUUUAAAAUCUACUCAUCCAUCUCCUCUGUCUGCUGGUAGAGGUGGAUUUUUCAAUGAAAGACACUUUAAGAAAGUUAAUGAUUGGUUAUUUAAUGAUUUCCAUCAAAAGAUGAUUGAUUGGAGUAUUGUUGAAGGUACUACUUUGAAAGAAGUGCAAGAAAAAAACCAAAAGCUAAUCCAGUAG